AUGCGGGUUCUCGCGGCUGCCAGCGCCGCCUUCGCGGAUGCCUUCACGUCCAACGACGGCGCGCCGCGGCUCCGCGUGCGCGCGUCGCCGGGCGGCAUCGCCGCCGUGACGCAGGGCUGCGACUGGCGGGAGGCGCCCCUCGCCGAGGCCCUCGAGGAGCCGCACCUCGUGCACUACGCGUCCAUCGAGGCGUGGUCGUCCUACGAAGGCGAGCACCUCGUCGACAGCGGCGCGCACGCGUCCUGGUUCGGGCGCCACGCGAACCUGCCAAAGCGCCGCGGCGCCGAGCUGACGGCCGCGACGUGCGAAACGAUCGAGCCAGACGGGACGAUCUGGGCCGCGACGCGCGUCGGGCCGCUGCGGUCCUUCGGCGGCUACGACUGGUGGCAGUUCUCCUGGGGCGACGUCUUCGGCUUCGGCGACGUCGUCGAAGCGCACGGCGCCGCGCGAAUUUUGGAGACGUUCUCCGGCGCCGUCGACGGCGUCACCGGCGCGCCGCUGGGCUUCCCGCCCAUCCACAUCCACCACGUCCACGUGACCCCCGGCCACAAGUCGUUCUACCGCAUGAACCUCGCGCGGUGCGCCCUGGACCCGCGCGAGUGCACGUUCCCCUACGUCGUCGUCUUCGAGCAGCACGGCGACUACGAGUGCGCCGCCGACGCCGGCGGGCCGGACUGCCUCCUCGAGGCGCCCCUCGACGGCUACGCGCGGCGCGUCGACGUGCCCCUGGCGAUCAACGGCGAGCUCAACGACGUCCGCGCGCCGGGGAGCGGCGCGCUCGAGUGGUACUACGAGGUCGCCGCGCGCUGGGCGCCCGAGGGCGCCGCGGCCGCCGCCGCGACGCGGGCGGCGUCCGUGGUCUACGUCGCGUCGCCGGGCCGCUUCAACUGGAACGACCAGUCGACGAUGGUCAACACGUUCCUCGCGCCGACGGGCGAGGACUCGUUCCUCUGGUACACGGCGAGGCUCCCGGCGUCCGGGACGCUCCUCCGCGCGAAGAUGCACGCGCACAACACGGUCUUCGACGAGUCCUUUUUGUACCUGGGCACGCCUCAAGACGUCGGCCUCGAGGACCUCCGGCCCAAAGGCCGCGCGUUCGACGUCGUCCGCGCGGCCGAGACGCGCUUCGAGACGAACGACCGCGUGAAGGCGCGCGUCGUCGACGCCGCGGCCGCGAGCGGCGCGCGGCUCGUCUGCCGCUCGCGGACGGCGCACGAGCGCGUCGGCGGCUACGACUACGACCGGCGGCCCGCGGUCUUCUGCGACGACUGGCGGUUGCGGAGGGGCGACCAGUUCACGGUCGUCGGCUUCAACCGGCGGCAGGUCGCGCCGCCGGGGCCCCACGUCGACUUUAUUCCGGCCUACCUCCCGGGCCACCUCCACUGGAUCCUGCUCACGGACGACGGCACGGACGGGAGCGCGUACUGGACCAUCGCGUGCUUCCAGGACGCGGCGAUCUCGCAGCCCGCGUCGUCGACGCCGCUCACGCGCGCGAACACGCUCCAGAUGCAGGCGGGCCUGUGGGCCAUGCACCUCAACGGCGGCGCCUUCACCGUCGCCGAGUUCGCCCGCACCGUCGCGCUCGGGCUCGCGGCGGCCGCCGCGGCGUUCUUGGGACCCGUCGCGCUCGCGGUCUCGUGCGCGAAGCGGAAGCGGUCCUAA